AUGACCUCGGAUGGUAGAUCCAAGGUUGAUUAUGUCAUCUUUGACAUGGAUGGUCUCCUCAACAUCCUUUUGGCCAAAUAUGGGUAUGGACAAAUAACAUGGGGAAUGAAAGCUGGUCAAAUGGGUAUGCCUGCCUUACCUGCUACCAAACAUUUAUUCUCUUUCUUCCCCGGUUUGGAGGAGAAAAUCACCCCUCAGGAAUUCAUAGAUGAGAGGAAUGCCAUUCAAGAGUUGAAGUUUCGGGGAGCCAAACCGAUGCCUGGAGCUCUUUCACUCGUGCAAGGUCUGCACGAAGCAGGUGUCCCAAUAGCCAUAGCGACCGGUUCUAACCUUCUCAACUUUCAAUUCAAAACAUCUCAUCUUCCUGAACUCUUUUCCCUCUUUCACGCAGAUAAGAUUAUCAGCGCCGAUUCUGCACACGUCAAGAGGGGUAAACCUUUUCCUGACAUAUACCUCGCUGCAGCUCGUAGUUUAGGCCGCGAUGUUGGAGACGCAGAGGAAUGUACACCUGAACAAGCAGCGGAAAGAGGUAGGGGAUUGGUGUUUGAGGAUGCUGUUCCUGGGGUGAAAGCAGGUGUGGCAGCGGGUAUGAACGUGGUCUGGGUCCCUGAUUCCAAUUUACGUGCUUUGGCGCCGGAUGAGACAUAUGGUGCGGCUCAAAUCUUAGGUUCUUUGGAAGAAUUUAAGCCGUCUCAAUGGGGUUUACCUUAUAAGACCGUACGCUUCUUCUUUUUCUGA